UUGUAUGAUAUGCACCAUAACAACAUCACGACAUUCAUUGGAGCUGUAGUAGAGGAUAUUAAAACUCAGGUUGUCACUCAGUACUGUCCCCGAGGCAGUCUACAGGAUGUCUUAGAAAAUAACGAUAUUGAAUUGGAUAUGAAUUUUAAGAUUUCUUUUGCUACUGAUAUUGUCCAGGCAAUGAUUUACUUGCACAGUAGUGAUAUCAGAUCUCAUGGAAACUUAAAAUCAUCAAAUUGUUUGGUAGAUAGCCGUUGGGUUGUCAAAAUUACUGACUUUGGUAUACCAUCGAUUAGAAUAGUAAAUCGCGUCAGUCAUGAUAACGGCGAACAUGCUAAUUAUUCACGUAUGCUUUGGACCGCUCCUGAAUUACUGCGAAUGACAGAAGCACCAAUAAAUGGUACCCAACCAGGUGAUGUCUAUAGCUUUGCAAUCAUUAUGCAAGAAAUUAUUGAAAGAGGUCCACCAUUUUGCAAUAGUCGACUAACACCUAAAGAGAUUAUUAGUAAUAUUAUGGAGAGAAGUGACGGUAUUAUCUUCAGGCCUACUCUUCCAGACAAUAGCUGCCCACCUGAAAUUAAAGAUAUAAUAUUUCAAUGUUGGAAUGAAGCUGCACAUCUUAGGCCUUCUUUUGCUACUGUAAGAAAGUUGAUUAAAAAAUCAUCAUUUGGCAAAGAGACCGAUAUCAUGGAGAAUAUGGUCAACUUACUAGAAAGAUAUGCUAAUAAUCUAGAGGACAUUGUUGAAGAAAGAACUCAGCAACUGAUUGAUGAAAAGAAAAGAACAGAUGAAUUGUUAUACAGAAUGUUACCGAAAUCCGUAGCAGAACAGUUAAAGUCUGGCCAAUUGGUGCAAGCCGAAGCCUUUGAUGAAGUUACAGUAUACUUCAGCGAUAUUGUCGGGUUUACAAAUAUAUCCGCAUCAAGUACACCAAUGCAGGUGGUAGUACUAUUGAAUGAUCUAUAUUCGUUAUUUGAUGAAAUUAUCAAAAACUACGAUGUCUAUAAGGUGGAAACAAUUGGAGAUGCUUACAUGGUCGUUUCAGGCUUACCAAUCAGAAAUGGAUCCCGGCACGUUAAGCAAAUUGCUAACAUGGCUAUUGAGUUGUUGGAAAGUGUUAAACGUUUCAAGAUUAGACAUAUGCCCAAUCAUAAAUUAAAACUAAGAAUUGGUAUUAAUUCAGGCCCUGUGGUAGCAGGAGUAGUAGGCAAAAGUAUGCCACGAUACUGUUUAUUUGGCGAUACUGUUAAUACAGCGAGUCGAAUGGAGUCCUAUGGAGAAGCAUUAAGGAUUCAUGCCAGCGAAUCUACAUGUAAACUAUUAGAAAAAGAUGAAGAUUAUGAUAUUGCACCGCGAGGCGAAAUAGAAAUCAAGGGAAAAGGUGUCAUGAAUACAUACUGGCUAAAUGGAAAUCGAACAAAUAAUGUUAUGGGAUCCUUAGAUGACUGUAGUUUUAAGGGUUCUCCUACACAUUCACCGGAACCAUUUGAUAAUUCCGUAUAA